CCUAUUGAAUGUGCAUCAAAAUUUAUGUGGCCUUUUUUAGUCGUUUGCGUUGAGUCAGCGGAAGCGAACGUCGUCGUCGGAGUAGCAGCAGCAACAUCGCAGUAAAUAUCGCAGCAACAUCAGCAGCAUUCGUCGUAUGUUGCUAGUUUUCGGUUGGAAAAUUGCAAAGGCAAAGAGACAGGUUGCCAGGCGGAUUAAAAUUGCAGCCUAUUUCGUAACAGUUAAAAAGUGUGUGUGUGUGUGUGUGUGCUUAGUUUAAGCCAUUGCGAAACUAGUGUUGACAAAAAAGAAAAAUAAUAAAAAAAAAGAUCAAAGAAACCAACAACUUUAGUGACCCCAAAAAAAUUAACAUAAAUUAAUUGAUUUAUGCCUGUGACCUUUGGAAGUGAACUGCUGUGAACACCUGUUGCUUUCGAUGCUUCAGGAUGGCUGGAUGUUCGCUGGAAAAGUAAUAUUUAUAAAAGAUGAACUCAAUUUGAAGGAAAAGAAAACCUAAUAGUACCUAAAAAUCCAUUAUUAAUGACCAUGCAGGAUAUACGCUUACGCCUGGAACCACAGCACAGUACAGCCACAUUCAUAUCCUCCUCCUCAGCCUCUUUGUCCUCAUCCCAAACAGCUGAGACUACGCUGAUUGAGACAGCUGAGAAGUCGCCAACCAGUGAAGCAGCUGCCGGAACAGUGACAACGACAUCUCCGCAGCAUUAUUUCCAUCAUCAUCAUCCGCCGGCGCUUCCGCAUCCGCAGCCUCAGUCCCGCCAGCCGACGAAUCCGCAUAGUCACACGCAUCCACAUCCGCACCUUCAACGUCGUCCGGUGGAGCAAUUGCAUCUGCUGCACAGCCACCACGAUGUCCAGGAGCUGUCCGGACAGGAGCAUCUACAUCCGCAUCCGCACACCAGCUCCCACCCGCAUCCACAACAUCUGCGCUCGCCCAGCUCCGAGGAGGAUAAUUCGCCCACUGAAAUGAAUAAUUGCCGUCGUUUGGUGGAUAAGCCGCCGCUGGUGAAACGCCUGACCAUGGGUAUCGGCCUGCUGCGGGGCACUGAGGAUAGUCGCCCACUUGUGCACAGCACCUGCGGCUCCUCCCUGACCUCUGGAUCCGGGUGUGGGUCCACUCAGACCAUCUCCGAUGGCUAUGUGAACGAGGCCAUCUGCGAGCCGGACAAGUACGUUGCCAGCAAAUUUGGUGACUCCUGCCGGCAAUCGCUGUCCGCUCUGGAGAGUGCCACCCAGCGAUUGCAGGUUGAGCUGCCGGCCAGCAACAAGAAGUAUCUAAGGGAGACGUGCAGCGCCAACUCCAGUCCAAAAUUGUUUCCUGCCCACGGUUCCCUGCGCCUGGAUAAUCUCAGCCUAUCAGAACAGCAGGAGCUAAAGGGGGCUGCAUGGUUUCAAGCCGGAAUUCCCCGGGAAAUCUCGCUAGAGGUCUUAUCCCGACAGAGUCCAGGUGCAUUUCUAGUGCGCCAGAGCAGCACAAAGCCGGGCUGCUUUGCCCUAUCCCUUCGAGUGCCUCCUCCUUCGCCAAGGGUUGCCCACUAUCUGAUCCUGAAAACCCAAAGAGGAUAUAAGAUUAAGGGCUUUACCAAGGAGUUCAGUUCGUUGAAGGCGCUGAUUACGCACCAUUCGGUAAUGCCGGAGCUUCUGCCUGUUCCACUGACCCUGCCACGACCACCGAACACCCGAUCGCAGCGUUCCCAGGCCGCCUACGGAGGCGCAAGUGGGAAUGGGGGAGCUGACUUUGAGAUGUACGGCUCCCUGAACGACUUUCGCAAAAUGAUGGCCGAUUUGAAUGUGUGACCGCUGGGCGCACUUAAUUAAUUAAGUAAUUAUGUCACGUUGAUUGAAUUAAGCUGCCCGGCUUGUCACAUUGUCCGGGUCGAGACAGGAUAACAAUCUGUUUAAUUUGCGUAAUUGGCUGUGCUGACGACGGUUGACGUGGCUACCGACAAAUAGGGUCCAUGUCCACGUGCAUUUUGAACGGGCAAUGGCCUACCACCUGUCCGCCAGGUGCUUCAAAAAUUGCACAAAUUUUUAUUAAAAUUGAUAAUAAAAUCAGCUACGUGGGCGGCGUCUGUGGUUGCCACAAGGGGCGUGUGCAUACACAAAUAUAUGAAAUACGCUCAAAUCAUUUUCUGCGAAACUGAUUAAAAAAGUGCAAAAACAUGCAAUAUGUAUACGCAAACAGACAUCAAGUGAUUAUUAUUUUUCGCGUUUUUAUCAUUUUUUAUUCGUUUUGUAUGGUUUUUGCUGAGUGGCAGGUGCAUCAGACAGACAUCUGAAUGGGGCAGUCGGAUUAAAUGUUAAUGUUUGGGUAGGGAAAUCGAGAGGAGGCUGCCGGGAUUUGGAGUGCGGCAACGGUAUGGGUACAAUGGAUUCUUUUUGUGGUGCAUUUGAUGCACUGAUAAUGCAGAGAACUAGAUAGAUAGACUUAUACAUGAACUAAAUCAAUAACCAAUUAUAUUGUAACUAUAUGUAUUUUGUGUAAUAAAAAUAAUGGAAUAUA